AAGUUGGAUAUUUAUUGAAAAUAAGCUCACAACUAAUAAUAAACCUUAGUUUUGAUAAAACUUUAUACUCAUGUAACUUAAAACCAGUAUCAGUUUUCAUGUAUUGCUACUAAGGAGGUGGAAUUCCCCUAACAUGUGAUUCAAAGGUCGAAGUUGAAAACAUUGCUAGGGAUAUUAUGAUGCCUUCCCUGCUCCUCGUUAAUAACACAAUUUAUUCUUUCACUACCUUGGAAAAGAAAAAAAUAGCUAAUACUGAUGAUUUAACGUUAGAAAUCAAGCAACCCUGAACUUUUUAACAAUUCUAUGUAAUUUAUUUUAUUGAAAGUAGAUGGGGUAAAUAGUAUUUACCUAUAGUUUAAAUUUAAAAUGUUGUGCUCUAAUGAAACUGAUAGUUCCGGAUAUGUCAAAGGUCUUUGAAUGCGGCUUACGUCACACCAAUGGCGGACGUUGUAAACAGAGCCAGUAGCUUCUCUGGGGCCGAAGUGAAACAGCUGUUUUUAAGAUGAAUAACGUAGAAACUGAGCGUUUGGACAGUCUGGAUGGGUGGGUGGCGGUGAAAAGUAACAUAUUUGAAGAACAGGAGACGUUUAAGCUGGGCUUCAUCGUACAGUGGAGCGUCAUCGAGUGUAAGUUCGCCGUCACCUGCCACAACAGGACGCUACAGCGACAGAAGCGCAGAUCUGAGUGGGUCUCCGAGUCCGGGGACCCUCAGGUGAGUUGGGCCGGACUCUUCUCCGUCAGCGACAUCAAACACAUCCACCUGCAGUUCACAUGUGUGGCGGACAUCUUGGCACACUGCUUCCCGGACUUAUCAGAGUUUGAGCAAGGCAACAUUUGGGACCUUCUCUUCCUGAGUCGCAGCAGGUCAGGAGGUCGCGGGGAGGAUGAUGAUGAGGAGAGGGAUACAGACACGCCGUGCAGGAAACUGGAGAAAUACUUCAGCACUGCUAUUGACGUGUGCGGAAGAAAGAUAGUGCUCGACACGUUGUUCACGCAGGAUGAGCGUGAUGUUGAGGAGUACUUUGAAAAUCUGCUGGAGUUCAAGAGGAAGAGCAUGCAGGAGGAGAUGUCGAGGGCCAAGGGUCACGUGCGACAGCUCCUGCAGCGUCAUGGCAGUGCAGACCGAAUGGUGGCGCUGCUGCGUAUCUACGAGGAAGAGGACGAGGCGUACCAGGACCUGGUCACCGUGGCUACCACCUUCUUCCAGUACCUGCUGCAGCCUUUCAGGGAUAUGAGAGAGCUGGCCUGCCUCUACAAGAUGGAGAUCCUGAAGACUUUAGAGUUUGAGGACUUGGGUCCUAAGAGAAUUGAAGCUCUGGAGAAGGAGGCGGAGGAGUGGAGAACAAAAGCAGAAGACGCAGUCGCCUCGAUUCAGGACAUCACCGUCACCUACUUUGCACAGACUUCAAAAGCUCUGGCUGGUAUGUCAAAGCAGAUGGAGGAGGACAAGACCCGUUUUGGAGCGGCUGCCUGGGCAUCUGCAGCUCCCAGACUGGAGAAACUGCGCUUCCUCUUGGCCAAAGAAACCCUGCAGCAUAUGAGAGCUAAAGAGAUGUGCCUGAACCGCAAGAAAAACGGCAUCAGAGAAAUGCUGGGCAGCCUGUCUGGCAGAGUCCAGAGCCACAGAACUGAUCCCAGGUCUGAGGACGGGCAGGACGCAGUGGACCAGCUGGAGAUAAGAUUUUAUGAAACCCAACUCGAACUGUACGACACCAAGUUUGAGAUCCUGAAGAACGAGGAGCAGCUGCUGUUGGCUCAGAUAGACACGGUGCGGCGGCAGAUUAAAGAGCUGAAAGACGAGGUGGUGUACUAUGAUGUGUGUGAGGAUACAGAGGAGCUGCACAGCUUGUUCCACCCAGGUGUUCAACAGAAAGACCCCCCCGCUCUCACUCAGCUCAAACGACGGCUGCAGACCUUGGAGACCAAGAGAAGCGGCAUCUGUUCCAGGAGAGCUUACCUCCGAAACAAAAAGGAUCAGUGCAUGGAGGCCCAGGAGCAGAAGCAGCUUCCCGCCAAGCAGAGUUCAUUACUUUUCAACCAGCAUCAUCAUGUCCACAUGAAACGAGAGAAGAGGAAAGAGGAGGACCAGAAGAGGAAAGAGUGGGUGGACCAGGAGCGAGAGAAAACUCUGAGCAGAUUACGAUCCUUCAGAGAGACGCGACAUGGCCAGUACAUCAUGAAGACUCCUCAGUCCAGGAUGUCUCCCACCGAGGGGCCGUGUCCCUCCCAGCCUCUGUCCAUCAUCAGCUUGGGCCCCCCCGAGGGCCCCCCCCCUGUCCGGCCUGCACCCAGACGCAAUAAAACACCCAAGAAAAAGCAGCCUCAAGACAUCCCUGUCCAAAUCUUCGCUGCACCGCCACCUCCAGCAACUUCCCCCCCCACUGCACCUCCUCCUCCUCCACCACCACCUCCCCCUCCUCCACUUCCCCCCGCUUUCCUGCCUCCACUUGUCAAAGCUUCACCUUCCUCUGAAGACACACCGAUGCCUCUCAGUGAAAAAGAGGACCCUCCUUUUCAAGCCAAGAUCACACUCAAACAAAAUUUAGGUGAGGGGGAAACAAGUGUUAUGAACCUGUUAAAAAUACACUUUUUUUUUGACUUGAGUGGUAGACCACAACUCAACCCAGCUCACCGCCCCUUCCGGGAGACCUAUACUGCGACCAUUCAGGUUUGCACAUCAAGCCCACUUGACCCUUUGCAGACCUCCUCCGGGUUCCAGUCCUUCCCGGAGUUGAGUGUGAGCGCCGCCUUCGAAAAGCCACGUAGAGACGCUGCCUCCUGUCUCUCCUGCUCUCCUGGAUACCUUCUCUCAGACGGCAGAUGUGAGUCCAUGUGCGACGUCGGCCUGUUUCCUGUGAUGAAGAUGGUUCCUGCACAUGGAGAAGUACCAACGAGCGAAGAAAAUGAGCUGGAGCGCAGCAUCAAAGCCGCCAUGAUGAGGAUGAAGAAGGUUGCAGCCGACUCUGACUCUGACGACAGGGAAGACGAGACACAAAGCACUGACUGGGACAGCUGA